UCGUUUUCCGUUUGUCCGGUUUGUUCUGUCGUCUCCUUCAGAAACAGUCAAAUGCCUUUCUAAAUAUUCUAAGGAACCUGAUAUUUCUAUCUCUGUCUAGCAAGCCACGGGGAAAGGAGGGGGUUAAAUGACUGAAGCAUUCCUGUCUUCCCGUCCUGGACUCCUUCAAGUUGUUGCCUCAUAUCUUCCGAAAAACAUCUCUCCUUCAUCACCUUUUUGGUGGUCCUGCGUUGGUCCUGCGCAUUGACCAUCUUCCUAUAAGACUCCAAUCCGAGUAGCCACGUUUCUGACAGUGAGACAAAAUGUUUACGCUUUCUUUCGCUAUCACAGUGGAGAGAAGGUCGGAUACAACUUCGAAUGACGACCUACCGUGCUUAGUUCGGUUCCCUCUGUAUGCGAGCUCUCGGUGCUGUCGGCCUUUGGCCGAGGUAGGUUCACUAGCACCUCCUACGGAACAAAAACUCGUACGCAUUUCUGGGAUGUCGACGGCAUACUCCAAAAUCAUUAACUGCGGAUAUUGCCCGCAGGUGAUUGCUUCUACAAUCGACGAGUAUACUCAUCUGCACGUUUUCAGAGGAAGGUCAAGGCAUCAGACCAACCCCGAAGGCUUCGUUGAUGACAUCCAUUAUCUGAGCCAUGCCGAAUAUUGUCAGGCAAAAGCGCAGGGUCUACAAUAUAAAGGCCUGGAGUAACGCUCAUACCACGCUCAGUGAGCUAUCUUCUCCGAGCCGCUCUUAUUCCCCAUACGCUCCCUCGAAUCUC